UCCCACGUUCUGCAGCCACCAAAAUCUCUCAGUUCAUCCAUCCAUCCAUUUUCAUCCAGUCUCACCUUGUGGUCAGCCAUCACAACUCGUCGCCCAAUUGAGAUGCUCGGACUAGAUCUCACCUAUCCGUACACUGCCAGAGACAACGACCUUGCUAGAUGCGGCUGAGGAACGCCAUUCUGUGACGCUCGGUGCUGAUUCGACGAUCCCACGCCACGACCACCGCGAAACUUGCCGUCUUUCCUUUUCUUGUUUCCUCCGUCCGAGCCAAGCCAAGCUUUACGCCGUUGGGGUCCCUGAACCCCUAGCGCAUCAAGCGCCACGCGACGAAAAGCUUCGUUUCUCGAAAUGUUAAUGUCUUGAACUACCUACCUACCUACCGACUCGCCGAUCUCUCCCAUCUCUGCUUUCCUCCCGUCACCACACCUACUCCAUCUAUCUUCCCCAGGGGGGAAGUGUGCGACCAUCAUGUCACCCGACAGCGACUCCUUCGGCGCACCAAUGUCCAAGACCAUCAGCGAACCCGACGACCACGCGCGCACCGUCCGAUUCCCUUCCUUACAGAUCGACACCCGCGACCAUGCCGUCUCUCCCACCUCGCCCACCGCGCGCGUUCGUGUCGCCGUUCCUAACGACGUCGGCGCACCUCUGACCCGCGCCUCUACCGAUCAGAACAUAUCCCCGAUGCGACGUCGCGCAGGCACCUUCAAGCCGGUAGAAGACUACGGGGACUUUGAAAUGUCCCGCCCCGGCUGGCAACCCGGCUCCGAGCCCGGCUUCGACCCAAACAAGUCUGACGGCGGCCACGCUUCCAUGCCCGCCCUCCGCGCCGACUGCGACAUCUCCGUCUUCGACUUCAGCCAGGGCAACAUGGUCCAACACAAGCUUAGGAACGAAGAGUUUGUCGACUUUCUGCGGAAACCCCAGGAGCCGUGGGUCCAGAGCCGCUGGAUCAACGUCAACGGUCUCAGCUGGGACGUCAUCCAGGCCUGCGGAAAGUACUACAAGCUGCACAAGCUCGCCAUCGAAGACAUCAUGAACACGAGGAACCGCACAAAGGCCGACUGGUACGCCAACCACGCCUUCAUCGUCAUGACGCUGCAGAAGCUCGUCCUCCUCCUCGACGACGACAGCAGCAGUAGCAGUAGCAGCAGCGACGACGACUCGGAUGACGUUGCGAGCGUCAAGACGGCCAAGUCCGCCAAGGGUAUGAAGAAGCUGAAGCGCGCCUUUACCAUGGGCGGCAAGCCGAGACCAGACCCCGAGACGGGGAGGCAGAGGGCCGGCAGACCGACCAUUGUCACGCAGGGCGACGGCAGCGGCUACGGAACCGGGACACUGAACCGCAACAUGAGCGAGCUCUCCCAACUCAAGGAAACGGCCUUUGUCCGCACCCUCCAGCGCUAUCACGCCUCGGCCAACGAGGUCCGCACAGAGUACAUGGAGCGCCACUCCUCCCUCAUGUCCCGUGGCCUCGCCGUCUCCGCCGAGCAGGUCGCCAUCUUCCUAACCUCAGACAACACCGUAAUCUCCUUCUUCGAGAUGUCAGCCGAAGACAUCGAGCGUCCCAUCACCGUCCGCCUCGGCGACCCCUCCACCAUCCUCCGCCAGUCCUGCGACGCCUCCCUCGUCGUCCAGGCCAUCAUCGACGCCAUCAUCGACCUCGCUAUCCCCUUGACGGCCGUCUACAGCGACGUCAUCGGCGACCUCGAGCUCGACGUCCUCACGAGCCCGAGUAUCAAGCAGACACGCAGCCUCUACAUCUGCGUCAGCGAGAUCAACAAGAUGCUCACCUUUCUCAACCCCAUUGACAACCUCGUCAACGUCCUGCGCGACCACCGCACCGAGCUGUCGCAGGACGAGGCACAGCGCCAGCUGCGCAAUCCGGCCAGCGGCGUCAUCGUCACGCCGCUCACGCACACGUACCUCGGCGACGUGCUCGAUCACUGCGUCAUCAUCACCGAGUCUAUGCAGCAGAUCAAGCGGUCCGCCGAUAACUUGAUUGACCUCAUUUUCAACACCAUUUCGGCGAACCAGAACGAGAGCAUGAAGCAGCUGACCAUUAUCACCAUUAUCUUCUUGCCCCUGACCUUCUUGACUGGGUACUUUGGACAGAACUUUGAAUCGUUUCCGGAUAUCCAGAAUCCCAUGGGCAUUAAAUUCUUGUAAGUCGAGACCUACUUCAUGAACCUCGACAUUACGCUGACAAAGAAAACAGCUGGGUCAUUGCUUGCCCUGUAG